AUGCCGCCGCGGCUGCGCAACGCUCAAAAGCGCCCCCUGUCGGCGGACGACAUCGACGUCGACAACGACAGCAACGCAUCCGACGGCUCAUCAGUCACAUCCUCUGCUUACCAGAUCUUCCGGGUGCGGACCAAUACCUCUGUCGCCGUGCGCAAUGGCAGGAUAGAUGCCCAAGGCUCUUCAGCGUCCAAGCUCUCCGCCGAGUGGGAGAAUUACGCAAAAACCUACGUUUGUACGCAUUAUGGUAAGUAUCAAUCACAAGCCACAAGUAAACGUCCUCGACAGGAGACUCGGGCCUCGGGAUGCUCUGCCCAGAUUAAUUUGUGCGUUCAAGAGAUUAACAAAAACACUCACACGUUUGCGCUCAUGAUCACCAAGUGCCGGCUUGAACACAACCACACUUUGAACGAGUACGCUUUCAAAAGCCACUCUUCCAAGCGUGUCUCGCUGUAUGAUACUGCGUUGAAGACUGUGGAGGAGCUCCGUAAGGCUGGCGCUAAAAAGACAAGCAUUCUCAAGUUUAUCAAGGACAAUUCAAACAGCAACCCCACCCCGCAGGACGUCCGCAAUCUUGUUCGCAAAUUAAAAGCUUCCGAAAACGGAAGUGGCCCCAGUUCCAGUGCGAAGCGUUUAAAGAAGCUAUUCGCGGAAAGGGUCGAUACGAUUGGUAUCGAUACCUCCAUCGCAGGGAACGUUAUGAAUGGCUUCUUGCCGGUGGAUACAAUGAAGAGUGUGCUACUUGGGGCGACGGGUGAGAAGAUUUUAAUUCCAGUAAUUUGCGGCAAGAACCACUGGUGUUCAAUCAUGAUAGACCUGACAUGCAAGGACGUGUUAAUCUACGAUCCGAUGAAUUCAAGCUAUGGAUCAAAAGUUCGACCCCUCGCUGACAAGUUGGUGACAAUGCUGCCAGAUUUUGCUCCAAGAAAGUACCGAGUUCGACUGUAUCUUAGUGAGCUUGGAGUGCAGGUCGACAGCUACAAUUGUGGCAUGUAUAUGCUGUUAGCUUUUGAGGUUUUUGCUGGCGCCAAUACUCUCAGUCUACUGAGUAGAAAGGAGCUUCAGUACCUUCGCUAUCGAUACCUUUGCAUGUGCAUUUAA